UUUACUUCUCUUUCUCUGAAGCACUCAGCUUUCUUUUUAUUUUGUCAAGGCAGCUAGCGUUGACAUAGAAAGAAAAAUCCAUGGUCUUCCAAAUGGUGAUUCUCAAGCUAGCAGAGUUGGUCUUGUACCAGCUCUUAGCUAAAUCAUGUUACAGGGCUGCAAGGAAGAUGAGAAGUUAUGGUUUCUUAUUCAAUAACCCAUCUCUGAAAUCACCACACCAACAAGUUCAGUUGUUUUCUAAUGUGGGGAAGUGUUGUCUGGAGAAUAGAGGGUCUGAUACAUUGGUGUGUGAUAUACAGGGGGGAUUGUUAAGAACCUCUUCUUUCUUCCCUUAUUUCAUGCUAAUUGCUUUCGAAGGUGGUGGCCUUUUUAGAGCGUUUUUGCUGUUGCUUUCGUGUCCCCUUUUGUGGGUUUUGGACUAUGAGCUCCAGUUAAGGGUCAUGAUAUUCAUCACCUUUUGUGGACUCAAGAUAAGGGAUGUUCAGAGUGUUGGUAGGGCAGUUCUGCCUAAGUUUUAUCUUGAGAAUCUUCAUCUUCAGGCUUAUGAGCUGUUGGCUUCAACAGGGUCUAGGGUAGUUUUCACAACCGUCCCUAGAGUGAUGGUUGAAGGAUUUCUUAAGGAAUAUUUGAGGGUUAAUAAAGUGAUUGGGACUGAGUUGCACACUGUUGGGAAUUACUUCACUGGUUUGUUGUCUAAUUCUGGUAUUCUUGUAAAGCACAGAGCUCUCAAGGAUUAUUUCGGAGACAAAAAGCCUGAGAUAGGCCUCGGAAGUUCAAGCCUCAGUGACCAUCUCUUCAUCUCUCUUUGCAAGGAAGCUUAUGUGGUGAACGUAGAAGAAAAUAAGAGUGGGAAUAGUUCAGUAAUGACAAGGGACAAAUACCCAAAGCCACUUAUAUUUCAUGAUGGAAGGCUAGCUUUCUUGCCCACACCAUUAGCAACUCUAUCAAUGUUUAUGUGGCUACCGCUUGGAAUAAUUCUUGCUAUCUUCAGACUCCUCGUUGGUAUUUCACUUCCUUACAAAGUAGCUCUAUUUCUGGGAACAAAGAGUGGUGUGGAGGUGGAGCUUUGCGUAAACGGUGGCAGUCCUCCCGCUUCAACAAGUUCCGGUGUCCUCUACGUUUGUAGCCAUAGAACACUGUUAGACCCAGUUUUUCUGAGCACAUGUUUAGGCAAGCCAUUGACUGCAGUGACAUAUAGCCUGAGCAAAAUGUCUGAAAUAUUAGCACCGAUUAAAACAGUGAGGUUGACAAGAGAUAGAAAACGGGAUGGGGAGACCAUGCAACGAUUGUUAAGGGAAGGUGACUUGGUGGUGUGUCCUGAAGGGACCACAUGCAGAGAGCCGUACCUGCUGAGAUUUAGUUCACUGUUUGCAGAGUUGGCUGAUGAGAUAGUCCCUGUAGCUGUUAAUACUCGAGUGAGCAUGUUCUAUGGGACAACUGCAAGUGGGUUGAAAUGCUUGGACCCAAUUUUCUUCUUGAUGAACCCUAGACCAAGCUACCAAAUUCACAUCCUUGACAAGUUACCGAGAGAGCUUACACGGGCUGGGGGAAUAUCUAGCUGUCAAGUGGCGAACUGUAUCCAAAAACAACUGGCUGAAGCUUUGGGAUUUGAAUGCACUACUCUUACGAGGAAAGAUAAGUACAUGAUGUUAGCAGGGAACGAAGGAGUUGUCCAGGAUAAGAGUCGGAAACCCGCCUAGAUAUUUUUGCAUAUUUUGUUCCAUAUUAAUUGUUAACGACUCCAUCUUUCCUUUUUUUUUUUCUUUAUAAAUAUGAUAUUUUAUAUGAUC